AACAAGGAUCCCGCCACAUUGUGCUGCAUACGGUUGCGUUCAACGCCAUACAACUAGUUGCGACGAGGGAAUUGGGAGUAACCGUUCAUAGGGGGCAAAGAUGACCAAAAAGCCAAUCGGACCUCCUCAGUCGUCUUCCUCAAAUGUUCAGCAGUCCUUCUGCAUUCCUUUUAAACUGAGGACUUGACAGCAUGGCCACCUUAAAGGAGAUAUGCAGCGGUUUACCUCUGGACCCUUUGCCCCCGAACCGAGGAAGAAAUCCCAACGUGCCCCAUGCACCUGUUCGGACCCCAAACCUCACAGCCCAAGAGCAGCGGCUGGCACUAAGAAACGCCCUGCGCUAUUUCUCCCCGGCCCAUCAUACAACACUCGCACCAGAAUUUGCACAAGAGCUCCGGCAGUAUGGGCACAUCUACAUGUACCGCUUUUGUCCUGCGUCGAGCCUGAGAGCGUACCCACUACACGAGUACCCUUGCCGCACACGCCAAGCCGCCGCCAUCAUGUUAAUGAUCAUGAACAACCUGGACCCGGCAGUGGCCCAGUUUCCCCAGGAGCUCGUCACCUAUGGAGGAAAUGGACAAGUGUUCAGUAACUGGGCUCAGUUCCGUCUUGUGAUGAAUUAUCUGAGUGAGAUGACGGAGGAGCAGACCCUGGUCAUGUACAGUGGUCACCCCUUGGGUCUGUUCCCCAGCCUGCCCGCCUCACCCCGCGCCAUCAUCACCAACGGCAUGGUUAUUCCAAACUACUCCUCCAGAGAGCAAUAUGAAAGGAUGUUUGCUCUCGGUGUGUCAAUGUAUGGUCAAAUGACAGCUGGCAGUUACUGCUACAUUGGACCUCAAGGGAUUGUUCAUGGCACUAUGCUGACUGUUCUGAAUGCUGGUCGGAGGUACCUGGGCUCCGGUGAACUGAGAGGACGUGUCUUCGUGACCUCCGGGCUCGGGGGCAUGAGUGGCGCUCAAGCUAAAGCUGCCGUCAUCGCCGGUUGCAUUGGCGUCAUUGCGGAGGUGGAUGAGGCUCCUCUCAAAAAGAGACAUGAGCAAGGCUGGCUGAUGGAGGUCACCGGGGACAUGGAUCACUGCAUUAAACGCAUCAGAGAAACCAGAUGCUCAAAGACUCCCCUCAGUUUGGGUUACCAUGGCAACGUUGUCGACUUGUGGGAGCGGCUGCUGUUGGAGUACCAGAGGACAGGUGAGCUUCUGGUGGAUUUGGGCUCGGACCAAACCUCCCUCCACAACCCCUUCAACGGAGGCUACUACCCGGUACAACUCAGCUUCCGCCAGGCCAACCAGCUCAUGUCCACUGAUCCCAGUCGUUUCCGCAGCAUGGUCAAAGAAAGCCUCCGGAGACACGUCAACGCUAUCAACAAACUGUCAGAUGUGGGCAUGUUCUUUUGGGACUAUGGCAACGCUUUUCUACUAGAGGCACAAAGAGCUGGAGCCGAGGUCGAAAAGAUUGGUGGAGGAGAGACAGAGUUCCGCUACCCAUCGUAUGUCCAACACAUCAUGGGAGACAUUUUCUCCUUGGGCUUCGGUCCAUUUCGCUGGGUGUGCACAUCCGCCGACCCCCAGGACCUCGCCACAACCGACGACAUCGCCGCCUCGGUCCUGGAGGAUUUGAGCGCCAAUGUGACUGACGGAGUCAGACAGCAGUACAACGACAACAUACUCUGGAUCCGGGAGGCAGGAAAACACAAAAUGGUUGUGGGAUCCCAGGCCAGAAUUCUCUACUCAGACCAGAAAGGAAGAGUAUCCAUUGCUUUGGCCAUAAACCGAGCCAUUGCUGAAGGAAACGUUUCAGCUCCGGUGGUGAUUAGCAGAGACCACCAUGAUGUGAGUGGUACCGACAGCCCCUUUAGAGAGACCUCCAAUGUCUAUGAUGGCUCUGCAUUCUGUGCAGAUAUGGCAGUCCAGAACUUUGUCGGUGAUGCGUUCAGGGGUGCCACCUGGGUAGCCCUGCACAACGGUGGCGGUGUUGGCUGGGGUGAGGUAAUGAACGGAGGAUUUGGUCUGCUUUUGGACGGCUCUGAGGAGGCAGCGAAGCGGGCCUCACUGAUGCUCAACUGGGACGUGUCCAAUGGGGUGGCACGUCGUAGCUGGUGUGGAAAUUCCAACGCCUACGAGACAAUCCAGCGCACCAUGGAGGAGAAUGGGCAGCUGCGGGUCACCAUGCCUUUUUCUGUACAGGAUGAGCACGUGCUGGACCGGGCGCUGCAGGGCUAACCUCUAAGCACCGCA